AAUUCCCCCUCCUAAUCAUAGCAGUCCCUAAAGUUACCAAGCUGGAAAGAGGACUCCAACUGCAAAGGUCCGUGUUGCUGUUUUGGACAGCAGGUGCUCAUCACAGGCAUUGUUUCUGCUGGUACCAGCCCAUCGGCUUUCACCUCCCAAGCUAUGUUGAUCCUAUCCUGUGCAUCCAAGUUGCAGUUGCUGGAGACACUGCUGAAGAGAAACCUCCCUCAGACAGUUGCGGUCUAUGGUGCAGUCAUGAACAUAAACCAUGGAAACCCAGUGGGCCAUGAGGUGAUUGUGGAUUCUUGGCCAGAUUGCAAAGCGGUCCUGACACGUCCACGGACAGAGGCCGAUACAGACAAUACUGAUUUGUAUAAAAACAUAUAUGCAGCCUUUUACUGGGAUCUUGAUGUGUACCGGAGACUGUUGCUGGACACAGAUACUGUCAACUGGAAGCAAACCUUUUGUCUCUAUGGGAACCAGAAUGGGAUCUAUGACGUCUCUAAAGAUGCUGCUGCCGCCAAGAAAAUUCAUCUGACUGCAACUCCCCACUUCACCUACCUGAAUCCUAACCCAGAUAAAAUGCCUCAGCGCCAGCUAGAUUCCAGCUUCACAAUUUCCACCUUGAAAAGCUCCCAUGUUGACAUCCUAAAUGAAACAUGGCACUAUGGGGGCAAUGAACAAAGCCGACGGUUCCUGGACAACAUAGUGAAAUGCUUCCCCAAUAUCUGCAUCCUGGACAGCAAUGCUCAUCCUAUCAGCUGGGGCAUGACAGAUCCUCUUGGUGCACAAAUACAUGGCUACACCCUUCCAUCCCACCGCCGAAGGGGCUACUUAGCUAUAGUGUUGAGGGCACUGUCCAUGAAAAGCCAUGUGGCAGGGUGCCCUGUAUAUGGCCAUGCUGCCUUGAAUAAUGUCCAAAUGCAGAGGUUGCUGGAAUAUAUGGGCUUCCAGAGAUUAUCUGAAUUGUGUCAUCUCUGCAUACAUUCUUCAGUUUAGUAAAGGGAGGAGGAGAGAGUCCCAAAGUAUCUCCUCUCUUUGACUUCAGUAGCUCUCUGAAUGAAAGAGAAACAAACCCAUCACUACACCAAUCCUGGAGUUUGCUGUCCCCCUCUUAUACAUAUUGAUUUUAAAAAAUAUUUCACAUAAGGUACCUUAAGCCAUAUAUCAAGAAUGGUCAACCAGCCAAGCAAUGGUCUAAUGAUAUAAUAGUGAAAUAUUAGUAUUUCCAAUACUUUUUUUGGGGGGGUGUUGGUUGGUUUGUGUGUUUGUGUUUUGUUUCUUCUUGCUUUUAUUAUGUAUUUUGUGUUUUUAUGUUGUGUUUUUAUGUUGUGAGCAACCCUGAGAUCUAUGGAUGAAGGGUGGGGUAUACAAAUUUAAUAAAUAAUACAUAAAUAAAUACCAUUAGGCCAGCGGUGUCCAAAAUUUUCAAAGAGGGCCAGAUUUGAUUAAGUGAAGAGCCAUAAGGGCCAACCAAAGUUGUUGAUGGUGGGGAUGCAAGGUGGUAAGACAAUUUUGGAAUGAGAUAAAUGAGGAGAUCCUCAGGAGCUCUAUUUCAAAAAAAGCAGUCAUACUUAUUGAGUCUAUUAACAAACAACAUCCCCAAGGACAAAAGGAACAUAUUUUUGUAUAUAACUGCAGCCGCAAGAAUACUUAUGGCAAAAUAUAGGAAAACAGAAAAAGUACCACAACUGACAGAAUGGCAAAUUAAGAUUUGUGAGUUUGCAGAGAUGGCAAAAAUGACUGCAUCACUCAGGGGCUGCUCCAAACAAAAACGUUACACAGAAUGGGAAUGCAUAGGGGAAUACAUGAAGAAAUAUGGUGUUAAAGCAGAACUCUUAAUAGGCAAUUGUUAAGCGUGUAAGGACAAAAGAAGUAAUUAUAAUUUUACAGUUUUCAUGUUAUUCUAUCUUAUUAAAGCAACUGAGGGGGGGAGGAAAUCUUAUGACGGGAAGAAGAGGGGAGGAGGGGAGGGUUAGAUUGAAUUCAGGAAGUAAAAUAAUAUAUGGGACAGCAAAGGAUAUAAUAGAUUCUUAUAGAAUAGUAAUAUAUGGUAACCAGAAUAGAAAUUUAAAAGGGGAAGUAAAUUAAUUUUUAGUAUUUUUAUUAUUGUAAUAGUUAUUAUUAUUUCUUAUUGGUAGGAGGCAAUGUUAAUUUAGGCUUCUUUGUUUUGCUGUCUAUAUAAUUUUCUUAAGACAAUAAAAAAAAGAUAUGCAAAGUUGUUGACCUUUUUUUUAGGAUUGAAGUUGCUGAGCUUUUUUAACGGUGGACGUUGCUGAGCUUUUUUGAGGAUUUUACCCCAGGAAAUAAACUGCCACAGGGGCCGGAUUAAACCGACCGGUGGGCCGGAUUAGACCCCGAAGCAGACUUUGGAUAUGCCUGCAUUAGGCCAACCAAAAUAUCACAAUA